AUGCCUCGUCUAACGCGAGCUGCAGCGUCGAACUCUGCUGCAUCUGAAGCUCCAGCAGCAGCUACAGCUGUGUCAAAUCUGGAAAUGAGUGGGCCUAAAAUGGACGAGAAAUCUGCUUCAGAACCCCAAAGCAAAGAGUCUCCAAUAGUCGUACCAGAGAAAGCAGAAGAGACACCUGUUGUGAAGCAAGAACCCAGCGAUACCCCAGUGGAGAUUCUGGCCUCCUCCGCACCGCUGAAGCUGCCGGAUGAUAAAUUUACUCCUGUUCUGUCAAAACCAAAAACAACAUCAACACCUCCUCAAUUCAGAACCGUCUCUGAAAGUGCAUACAUCCCUCCUCAUCAAAGAAGGCUAGGUGAGUAUCUGGCCAAAGUCGAAUUGCCACACGCCAUGGCGAACUCUGCAAAUGUGAUAGACUUCGAACUACAGAAACUAGUCGGUCUUAUUGUGAAGUCGUCACCCAAGAAUCCGGCUUUUUCUGCUGAGUAUAUUCACGAAGUUACCGAUUUAUCUAUAAAAUUCAUGGACCUGUUUUGCACGACAUUACGUAAGUUGACAGAUCUUCAGCGCCAUUCGUUACCUGGUGUAGCAGAUUUGGAAUUAUGUCUUCAAAAACUCGAUAUCUCCCCGGCAGAUCUUCAUACGGAGUACAUCCGUCACAAAUCACUUCCCAAUUCUGUGCGACAGCAGGCUGCUCGCUUAAAAGGGGAAGUCGACCAUCUCUUAAGCGAAUAUAAUGCGGAAAAGUAUGAUCUCCACAAGGAUGAUCCUUCGCUCGUUUUCUAUACCAACGAGCAAUAUGAAAUCGCUGCUCUUGUUCCACAGCAGAUGAGAAGUCGCGACUAUAUUCCAGAAUACUUUCCCGAGCUACCUCCAGAUUUUACCUAUCGUCUGACAAGCAGCUUUAUGGAUACAACUCUGGAACUUAAAAAGAUUAAAAUGAAACUUUUUGAAGAAUCUCGACUCAACGAGUCAUCUCUCCAUAAAUUAAUUGAUGAUGACGAGAAAAGAUGGCUAGAAGAGUUGAACGAGCAACUAGCUGAAGAUUCGGAGGAUGAUUCUGCAGAUGAGAAUGAAGACAUAAUGAGUGUUGGUGGCGAGAAUUUGUCCGAGAUUGAGUCUCCAUUGCCUGACUUACUUGAACAUGAGCUGAAAGCAAUAGGAGAUCAGGACCACGGGACAGCACGAGAUAUCUUACUAGAUGGUGAGAAAGUGACACCAGACGACAAAAAGUCUGAUGCGCACCACAAUGAUAUGGAUUCCGCGAAGGUAAUUAAUGAAGAGGCCGGCGAUGUUCAAUUGAAUAUGGUUAAUGCCUCACUGUCGCAUUCUGCCAUGCAAACCAGUGUGCUGCGCAAUUCUGUGAAAAAUGAUGCAGCAUUCGAUUUCGUCAGCUACGCAAGGAAGAGAAAACUCGCCCUUGAAAAGCCUCACAAAGAUCUAGAGCGCCAAAAGUUCCUUCGAAGUCAAAAUUACUACCUUCAAGCCGAGAAAAAGUUCUCAUGCUACGCAACGGAUGUCCCAACAAAAGCAGACUUUCAAUGGGUGGACGGAAUAUUGGAUCGCAGUUUCAAGAAUGUGAUUCGUGCCACAAGACGCGCAGAAAAGGUCAAGGCAAAGAGAUUGGCUGCAAUGGAAGCAGAACGCAAAAGUCUUGAAAAGGCAAACGAAAAGAUGCUGGGCACAUUGGAAUUUGCAUUCAAUGAAGCUUCGAAUUUUCUGGAUGAGAGUGAUGAUAACAUGGAGAAUGAGUUCGAAAACUUUGAUUUUGGAGAUGUGAUCGACCACCCAAAACCGGUAUCUGCAAAUAUCCCACUCGACCUGACAAUCUCUUCGCUGCUAUCAUCUGGCCCGCCUGAGAGCGAACUACCAAAAGGAUCUGCGCCUACAUCAUCUAUCAGCCAAGAAGUCAAUGAUGUACCAUUGGAUGAGGAGCCUAGCGAGAAGAAAGACCCUCAGUCUAUCAAACUAGAGAACGAUGAUGAUUUAGAGGAUAUGUUCGACGAAUUGGAGACGCUCCAGGAGACAAAUAAUAGACAUAUACCACCAGUGGAUUCGGAGUCAGAAGAGGAUGAUUUGGAAGAUCUUUAG